GUCGGGAAGACGCUAGGAAUGCUUCGAAGCAUUACAUUAACCAAUCAGAAUAAAGAAAUCUUUGCUCUUUUUGUCCUGAUUGCUCAAUCAAAUGCUUCGAAGCAUUUCUAGCAUCUUCCCGACCGCAGCCAUAAUCGAUGACAGAAAAGUACUAGAUUCAAACAGAUUCAAAUAUUUUACAGAGUGUUAUCGUUACAGAACAAGUCAUCACAAUCAUCACAAUAUUGUUUGUGUGUAAAAAGUACGGAAGAAAUUCCAUACUUCUAAGAGAAUACUAAAUGUAAUAACGUGUAUUGAAAAGCUAAAACUAUUUUUAAAAUAUAUAAAGUAAUUAAUGUAUAAUCAAUCAUCAUGGAUCAACAUUUGUCUAUCAAUAAGAUCCAUGAUAUUUUAUUGGAUGCUGCAUUACCAUCAACUAUUGAAGAUCUCAAAAAUCCGACAGAAGAUUAUAUUGUGAAUUUGUUAACGACAUUCUUAUCACGAUUUUCUAUUGAUGUGAACUUAAUUAAUCAACCAAUUCCAGACCAACAUAUUGUUAUGUCAUACUACGAGGAUUCUGAUAUAAUCAAUCUGAUAAAUUUACACACAGUUUUGACGCAAAUAUUUGAUCAGAUAUUUCUACAUGAUUUUUGUUUUACUGAUAUCACUAAUCCUGGACAAAAACGACUCAAAAAACAUGCAAAACUUCUUUCUAAUUUUGUAUUGUAUACAAUGCACAAGAAACCAGAAUUUAAUGAUAAGAAUGAUCAAAUUGAAGCUACAUUAAGGCUUUUAGAAGACUUAAAAGAAAGGAAUGCUCAAGUUAUAGAACUGAUUAAUAACAAAGCUAAGCAUAAAACAAGUCAAUCAUCUAUGAUAAAAAAAUUGGAUAGUGAUAUACAACAUAUACUAUCACAAACAGAAAAAAUUAAUAAAAAGGUAUUGGAUCUUGAAGCAUUGAAAAAUGAAGCAGAAAAAGAAAAUCAAAUUGCCAAGGAACAAUAUGGUUCUGUUAAAACAGCAAUGGGAAAACUGUCCAAGGAAAUAGCUGAAUUACAGUCGGAAGUUGUAUAUUCACCAGAAGAACAUCAAUCUUCUUUAGAUGAACUCAAGAAACAAAAAAAAUUAAAAUUAGAAGAACGUGACAUGAUACAGGAAGCCAUUCAGGAAAAAAAACAAUCCAUAAAACAAAUAGGAGAAAAAUUAAGUUUUGUCCCGAAAAUGAAUGAAAUAUUUUCUACUUUGACAGAUGUAGAGAAAGAAUUGAUAAACAAGAAAACAAAAUUAAAUAAUAUUCCAAAACAAAUUGAGUCAUUGAAUAAUAUAUUAAAAGAAAGACAGAAUAAAUUAGCAAUGCAUAAAGAUCAAAUGGUUAUAGAAAAGAGCAAAUUACAAUUACAACAUGAAGAAGAUAUUGCUCCGUUGCUCAAUUUGUAUAAUCAACUAUUGAGUGAGAAAAAGGAACAGAAAGCCAAAUUUGAUACAAACCAAGCCUACUUCAAUGAGAAAUGCUUGAAAAAGAAUAAGUUACAAGCAGACAUUAAGAAAAAAGAGGAAAAUAUUUCAGUUCUUAUCCACAAUUGGAACAAAAUUUAUGAUAAUGAAAUUACUAAUGAACUUGAAGCUUGGACGUAAUAAUAGGAAACACUUAAAAAAGAAAUACUAUAUAUUUAAUAAGUAGAAUUAAAUAUAAUUAAAUAUAUUAACAAUAAAAAUUUAAGAAUAAAUAGAUACUUUAGAUGAUAUUUUAU